GCCGCGUAACCUGCGCGGCGUGGGGGCUUCCGAGCCCUUUGCGGAAAAACUCCGCUUUGCAGCGCCCGGCACGUCGCCUGGGGGGCUGGUCGUGGGGACCCCCGGGGUGCCCUGGGGGGACCCGGGAGCCGUUACCCCUCUAGGGUCCCCUGCAGAUUCAGUUGGGGGGUUGAGUAUCGCCGGAGUUCAGGCUCCGCUUCCAGCCGGGAGGAAUUGCCUGAAAAAGCCCCAUACUGAUGGAAAACGCGUCCUUGCUGGGGACAAGUUUACUCGCCGCUUCGUUCAUUCAAAGUGAGCACAAGUCAGGGAGCGGUGGCUUCGGUUUUAAAGGUGUUUUGCAGCACCAGCCCCGUGAUAUCUGCGUUACAGAGUGGGGAGAGGCAUAGAAAAAGCGAGAAUGUGGAUGGCAGAUUGGAGUCCUCCAGACAGCAGAUGCCAAAGGACCAGUCAAAAGAUUAUGAGAUAACAGUUCCCUUCCUUUUGAACGGAGAACAGUGGAGACCAGUAAAUGGCAUUUAUUCGAAGAAUCACCCGGCAUUGCUGCAGUUUGUGAUACAAGCUGAGAGUAAACAUCUGGUCAUCGAUUUGGAGAGGAAUGAGGGCCUGUUAGCCAGCAGCUUCACAGAAACGCAUUAUUUGAAAGAUGGCACUAACGUGGUGCUCACCCGCAAUUACAAGGAUCACUGUUAUUACCACGGCGCCGUGCGAGGGUUCCCCGGCUCCUCGGUCAGUCUCAGUGCCUGCUCUGGACUCAGGGGAAUUAUUUCAUUUGAAAACAAAAGCUACGUUCUGGAGCCAUUAGAAGGUGCUACAAACGAGCACAAGAUCUACCGAGCAGAGAGUUUGAAAAUAGCCCCAGGAUCUUGUGGCCACCAGCUGGACAUCUCUGCGGUGAGAGCUGCUGGUGGUGACACAUUGCGCCGUUCCCGGGCUGGCAGGUAUAAGAGGGAGACGCUGAAGACAACAAAGUAUGUGGAGCUUGUUAUUGUGGCAGAUAAUCGCGAGUUUCAGAGACAAGGCAAGGAUGUGGAAAAAAUUAAGCAGAGGCUGAUUGAAAUUGCAAACUAUGUUGAUAAGUUCUAUAGGCCACUAAAUAUUCGAGUAGCCCUGGUGGGAGUGGAAGUGUGGAAUGACAUGGAUAAGUGCUCUAUUUCUCAAGACCCUUUCACCAGCCUGCAUGAGUUCCUGGACUGGAGAAAGCUGAAACUGCUACCUCGUAAACCCCAUGACAAUGCACAGCUAAUAAGCGGGGUGUACUUCCAAGGGACCACCAUUGGCAUGGCGCCCAUCAUGAGCAUGUGCACCGCAGAGCAGUCUGGAGGGGUCGUCAUGGAUCACUCAGAAAACCCUCUGGGUGCAGCGGUCACCCUGGCUCAUGAACUGGGCCACAAUUUCGGGAUGAAUCAUGACACAUUGGAGAGGGGCUGUAACUGCAAAGCGUCUACCGACAAAGGGGGCUGCAUCAUGAACCCUUCUACUGGCUAUCCAUUUCCCAUGGUGUUCAGCAGCUGCAGCAGAAAGGACCUGGAGAACAGCCUGGAGAAAGGAGUGGGAAUGUGUCUGUUUAACCUGCCUGAAGUCAAGGAGUCCUUUGGUGGACAGAAAUGUGGGAACGGCUACGUGGAGGACGGCGAGGAGUGCGACUGCGGGGAGCCUGAUGAAUGUACAAACCGGUGCUGUAAUGCAACUACCUGUACUUUGAAACCAGGAGCAGUGUGCGCACACGGGCUUUGCUGCGAAGACUGCCAGUUAAAACCAGCGGGGAUUUCUUGCAGAGAUUCAAGUAAUUCCUGUGAUCUGCCCGAGUUUUGCACCGGAGCCAGCCCUCACUGCCCAGCCAACGUGUACCUGCAUGACGGGCACGCGUGCCAGCGGGAGGACGGCUAUUGCUACAGCGGCAUCUGCCAGACCCACGAGCAGCAGUGCAUCACCCUCUGGGGCCAGGGUGCGAAACCCGCUCCUGGGAUCUGCUUUGAGAGAGUCAAUUCUGCGGGUGAUCCAUACGGCAACUGCGGCAAAGACUCCAAGAGCUCCUUUGCCAAAUGUGAACCCAGAGAUGCUAAAUGUGGAAAAAUUCAGUGUCAAGGGGGAGCAAAUCGACCUGUAAUUGGUACCAAUGCUGUUUCCAUAGAAACUAAUAUCCCGCUUCAGGAAGGCGGCAGGAUCCUGUGUCGGGGGACCCACGUGUACCUGGGUGAUGAUAUGCCCGACCCUGGGCUCGUGCUGGCGGGAACCAAGUGCGAAGACGGGAAGAUCUGCCUUAAUCGCCGGUGCCAGAAUACGAGUGUUUUUGGCGUACAUAGAUGUGCAACAAAGUGCCAUGGGCGAGGAGUCUGCAACAAUAAGAAGAACUGUCACUGCGAGGCUGACUGGGCCCCCCCUUACUGUGACAAGCCGGGCUUCGGUGGCAGCGUGGACAGCGGACCUGUUAGGCAGGCAGAUAACAAGAGUUUAACCAUAGGAGUGCUCAUAACCAUUCUGUGCCUUAUCUUUGCUGGAUCCGUCGCGUAUCUGAAGAGGAAGACUUUCAUGAGAUGGUUGUUCACAAGUAAAAAGACAACAAUAGAGAAACUGAGGUCUGUGAGUCCAGCAAGACCUUCCAGAUCGUCUGAGCCAAACCAUGGCCAUACCGCAUCUCGCAAUAAAAAUCUCAUCCUGAAGCCGCAAAAUACAAAUAUACAAAAACGAGAUGGUCCAAGGAGACCGCUGCCCUAUCAGAUCGUGGACAUCGGCGGCCCUGUGAAGACAGACGAUCUGCCGCAGCUCAGGACACCGCAGCGAGUCCUGCCCCCCCUGCCGUGUCCCCAGGCCGUGCCCCACAGAGCCCUGCGCUGCCCCCAGGAGAACCCCAAACCAACUCCUCCUCGGAAGCCGCUGCCGGCCGACCCGCCAGGACACCCCCGAGCUCUGCCCCACGGGGCGCCCCGAAGACCUGCUCCCAAGCAGCCACCGCAGGUAUCCAGGUCCAGCAACACUGUGAUGUGAAACGAUGAGAAAACCUGACACCUUGAUUUUCAAAAGUGAAGACAGAAGUUUGCACUAUCUUGAAACUCCAGCUGGGGUUCAUUUUUAUGACAAUACUUAGAAUUUUUAAUGUUUAAAACAGCAUUAUUUUUAAGAAUUCUGAGCUACUGCCUUUGGUGCUGUGCUGUGCUAUGGUGCUCUGUAUACUUGCUCAGGUACUUGUAAAUUAUUAAUUUAUGUUGAAUAUUUAUUACAGUGCAGUGCACUGUAGUAGAUAUUUUUACCAUAGCAAAGUUUUCCUAAAAAGGAAGCCUUUUUUGUAAUAUUUCAUUGAACUUGAAUACUUCUGCUCUAUCGGUCCUAUGUAGAGUGGGUAGUUUUAAUCUGUUCUUUCAGCGCUGAUACUCCUGGAUAAAUCAAAUGUACAAACAGCUCUAUCUCAAUGGUUCGUAACCAACUUCUGAAUAAAUCUGUCAGGGUAAAAGCAAAACCAAAAACUCUUCUGGAACAUGGUGAAAUGCCCGAUAUCUGCACCCGGAUGGGUAACGUAUUAACCACAGGAUCCCUCAGUGCGAGCAGCUGUGCUGUAAUUUCAGCUUUCACGUUUGAAAUCGCCGAGAAAUCUGUGCGGAAAGAGGAUGGAUUCACUUGGGCCAAGUUCUCUUACUCAACAAGUACUGUAUAGCAUAAAACUGUAUUUUUUUAACCUCAUUUUCCUCAGACACAGUGUGGUUGGUACAUGUUACUGCAGAUAUCGGGCCUCCCGCUGUCGUUACCUUUUAGAUGCUCUGGGAGGUGAAUUCAGGCUGUGUGUGUGAGGUGGUUGUACCUCGCUGUGCCGCUCGGACACUCAGGGGCUGGGGGAAGCCAACGCCGCCGAGAAUUACAUUGUAAGAAUCAACUAUUAUACUUACUUCUUUUGCCUCAUCGCUCUGCUUAUCAACUGUAUUUUGCAUAUUUACUACUGUUUUGUAUUUAACUCCUAAGAUAUUGCUCUAGGUUUCUUAAUUUUCAAAUCAAAAUGCAUAUUUUAACAUGGAGAACUCUGUAUCUCUUUGCUCUGUGGUGCCAUUGGAGGUGAUGGGGUCCGUACCAGCAGCACUGCUGAACACGGCUGUUCCACCUGUGCUGUAACACACGCAGAUUGCAGUUGAAAUAGAGGGAGAAGGAACUAUUACCUUAUGCAGGUUAGUUUCCUUAUUGCUUGUAGUUUUUGUUUCUUUAAGCAAAAAUAAAAGCAUUGAUAGAAACUUGGA